CGGAGCGAAGGUGGGGGCGGCGGCUGCGGGGUGGGGGCGCUCUCUGUCUCUCUCUCUCUCCUCGGGUCCGGUACUCGCACUCAGGCAGCCGCCGCCAUGUUGGUUUGAGGGGCGAUAACAGGAGGCGUCCGCGGCAUGCGGGACUGAUAAGUAGAGGAGGGGGAAGAGAGACAAAGCUCUGAGAGGAACCAGUCCGGGGCUGAGGAGAGGGAGGACCCGGCCGUUUCCGGGAGCGGCCGAAGGCGGCGUCGCCGGCCGGGAGGGGCGGGGGCGGCGGAGGCGCCGCACAUCCAGAGCCGAUCGGAACUGCCAGGGUUCACUUGUGUAGCUGGACGCUUGUGCGCUGCUGUGCUUCCUGCGUGAACGUCGGGCUGUAGCGAUCCGAACGGCAAGAUGUCCAGCAAUGUCCCGGCGGAUAUGAUAAAUUUGCGCCUCAUCUUGGUGAGUGGAAAAACAAAGGAGUUCCUGUUUUCUCCUAAUGAUUCUGCUUCUGACAUCGCCAAGCAUGUGUAUGACAAUUGGCCAAUGGACUGGGAAGAAGAGCAGGUGAGCAGUCCAAAUAUUCUACGACUUAUUUAUCAAGGACGAUUUCUACAUGGAAAUGUGACAUUAGGAGCAUUAAAACUUCCUUUUGGCAAAACAACAGUGAUGCAUUUGGUGGCCAGAGAGACAUUGCCAGAGCCAAACUCCCAAGGUCAGAGGAAUCGUGAAAAGACUGGCGAGAGUAAUUGCUGUGUGAUCCUGUAAACACUGUCUGCCUAGUGUGGUGUGCGCGGUCUUAGUCUUUCAUGCUGCUGGGACACAAGAGACCCAACAUAGCUUCAGAAACCUUUAGGAACAGUCUGCCUGCAAGUCCAUGGAACUGAAUUACCACAUUAACACUCACUCAUCUUCUCUCAUGAAAGUAAAAAGAACCAAGAACAUUUUCCACUAUCAUUUUUUAUUUCUUAUAUUUUUGUUUAUGUUGAACAGUUUUAAAGUAUAUUGGUUUUUGAAUGCAGUCAAUCUCCAGGGGAAAAGUUAAGAAGUUAUCUUUCAUAGCAGAAACAAUUUUGCUGCCACAAAAAUUUUCAUCACCAGAAUGAACAAGUAUUCCAAAUACAAUUUGCACUAAAAAAGAUUGACAUUAUUUUCCUUAUCAGCAGAAUUUAUAGCAGUUUAUGGUACCUAGAAAUACUCACUGUACAGUUCCAUAUGUACAAUUCCACACUGGAAAACACUCAGCAGUUAAUGAAGUUAAUUACUGGGCCAACUUGAGAGGAAAAAGAAACCAAAAUGUUGAUUGCAUUCUACCAAAGUCAGUCAUGGUGGCUGUACUGGCACAGAAUAUUAAGCUGAGUGUGACUAUUUUCACUGCAACAAAUGAAAAAAAAUGUGCCUGUUGUUCAAAGCACUCAGUAGAGGGCUGACAAAACUAAUUUUUUCCCUUUAACCCAUGCACUCUUGAGUGCUGCUGUUGCUGAGUGCUUGUUCAGACAGCACAGGCGAGGGUGAGUGCGUUUUCUAGCCUUAAUGUGGGAGGGUGCCAGGCGCACAGCGGCUUUCAUUCUCAUGCAGAAAUAGUAGAAAACCUCAUUGACUGAUCAGUUUCACAUAUUUGAGUACCAGAAAAUUGGAUGUUGCUCUAUUUACUGCUCAUCCAUAGCUGUGUCCAAUGUUAUACUUACUCAUUAGUUCCGAUGAAUUCUUAAAACUACAAAAAAAAUCUCAGUACUAAUUUUGUUUCUUUCUAUAGUUUGCAUUUGGUAUUAGUGCUUGCAGUUGUAUGAAAAUCAAAAGCUGAUUUUUUUUUUAAGGCAUACAUGAUUAAGGAUGCCACUCUUAUUUUAUACCAAUACUUUCAAGAUUGAUAUGCUAAAAACAAUUUGCACAGCACUAAAGCAUGAACUAGUUUCAUCUAAACCUGUAAAAAAAUAUGAAAGAUUUUAUAUUUUUUUUCACUAGGAAAAACUCUUCCUGGAUGAAAUUACAAAUAUGUGUAGAAUAUAUUUAAUAAAAAAACUUAUAAAAUACCUAACUAUAGAACUUACAUAUAGAUUGGCGUGUAGUAUAUAGAACAAUAUUCCAUAUAAAUAACUUUAGCCUUUUUAAAAAUGAAGUUGCAGGCUGACAUUACGUUCUAUAUUUAAUAAGUGUUCAUGACCCUUAAAGCAUUAAGUGUAAAUGAUUUCAGAUGGUCAGCUUUCUUUAAACGCAGUCAGGUUAUUUUAUUCAUUGUUAAUGCUUUGAUGAAAAAGGCUUUAUAUGCAGUAGAUCUACAAAAAUAUUGUUCAUACUGAUCAAAAUUAAAUUUGUAUAGAGCAGAGUUUUAAAAUGAAUGUAAAUAGCACUAAACAUUUUCUUUCUGCAACCUGUACUUACAGAUUCUUUCUGUAAACUAAAUAAAAAGAAAAGAUAUUGUAGUGCAUUUGGUGAUGACUUUAAAGAUCUUGAUUAAGUCAGUACUGUUUAAGCACUGUCUCAUGUUAAAAAUGUUUUCUACUUUUAUUUCUGAAUUUUUUAAAGUUCAUUUAAGUACUAUUCUCUUCUUGGUUUGGGAGUAUUCCCAGUGUAUCUUUGAUAUUUAACCUGGUUAAUUUGUGCUUAGUCACAUCAGUGAAUAGAAUUAUGUAGUCUCUGUUACUGCUACAAUGUUAUUUCAAGACGUGUUAAAUAUUUAUAUGCGUUGUUGACUAGUUCGAAUGUGGGUUCUGUUAGUGUUGACUAGAAGAAUCUGGCAGUUACUUAAUUGGGCUAUUAGCUUUUAUGGCUAUAUUCUUUUGUAAAACAAAGCACUGGUAAUUACUUUCAGUACUUACUUUGACUCUAAUUACUCUUGAGUUUUUCCAAAGUUAAAAGACUAUCAGUUAAUUAUGAUUGCAUUUUUAUUACAGUUAAAAAUAUUCCCUGUUAGUUUUCAGUAUAUUUUUCUGUGUGUUCCUGUAUAUCAUAUAUUUCCCUCUUAUAAGACCAAGAGUUUUCUCAGUGAGAUAAAUUGGUUCUAGUAGAAAAAGAAUUAUGUCACUUAAUAAUUAAUGCCAUGGUUGUGAGAGAUGAAAAAAAGAGUAAACAUAACCGUAAAAUGAUAUACUGAGAACACCAAAAAUUUAGAUGCCUUAAUGGUAUAUACAUGAAAGUACCAACUGUCCCUUUAAGACACUUCUUUGGACUUGCCUGAUGGUUAAAAUAUGAUUGAUAAUAUCCAAGGCUACUAUUGAAGAUCCCUCUGCCAAAAAUAGCAGUUCACUUAGCUAAAAGUGAGACCUGCACAGACCCAGUAAUGUAAAUAAAGCCUGAAUUAUGGGGCUGUACCCCUGCCUAGUGCUUGGUAUCUAAUUCAUGUCUUUUACCUAAAGUGUCUAGGACUUCAAGUGUCCUGGACAAGGCAAAGGUUUUCUUUAUUAAAACCUCAGCAUGUCUCCCUGAUCUGAACGAUUCACUUUCUCUUCAGGAUAAAUUGUAUCUUACCAUGAAAAAUACAGUAUCUAACAUCAUCACAUUAAAUGAGCUUUUCUCAUGACAGACAUCUAUCUUUAGUUUUAUGAAGUCACUUUCACCAAUAUUACAGUAAUUUCUGUUAGCUAGUUGUGGUAAACAAUGUUUAAUGUGAAAAGAAAUUAAAACUUUCUUCAUCUAUUGUA